UAAAUACAGCGACGCGACUCACACGUGUUUUCUUACAAGUUCUAUGUAGUUCCACUAGAAUGAUUCUUCUGUUUUAGUUUCUGAGAGCGCCUGUCAAAGACGGUCUUCCUUUUCUCUAAUUUUUUAGACCAAAGCUAUAUCAUGGCUGUUACUUUGCCACAGAAGCGGUACUAUAGGCAGCGUGCUCAUUCCAAUCCUAUGGCUGACCAUACUUUCGACUAUCCGGUAAAACCAGAAGACAUGGAUUGGUCCAAGUACUACCCCGAGUUCUUUAAGCCACGAAUGGUAGAUGAACGUCACGAUGAUGUCAAAGACUUGUGUGCAGAAGAUGACCAUGGUGUGCAGGUAGAGUUUGCUGACAUUGGCUGUGGAUAUGGAGGAUUGCUAGCUGAGCUCUCUCCUUUGUUUCCGAAUACACUGAUGGUUGGUCUGGAAAUCAGAGUAAAAGUUUCAGAUUAUGUAAGGGAUCGUAUCCAAUCACUUCGAGAAGUGCAUCCAGGAAAGUACCAGAACAUUAACUGUAUCAGGAGCAAUGCUAUGAAGUACCUGCCAAACUUCUUUAAGAAAGGACAGUUAAGCAAGAUGUUUUUCCUGUUUCCUGAUCCACAUUUUAAGAAGACCAAACACAAAUGGAGAAUUAUAAGUUCAACUUUGCUGGCCGAAUAUGCUUAUGUUCUUCGGGUUGGAGGCUUGGUGUACACCAUCACAGAUGUGGAAGAAGUUCAUGAGUGGAUGGUGAAGCAUUUUUCAGAGCACCCCCUAUUUGAAAAAGUGCCUUUGGAAGAUCUGGAGGAUGACGUCAUUGUAAGCCGCCUAGGUGUCUGCACGGAGGAAGGAAAAAAAGUUCUAAGGAAUGGUGGGAAUAACUACACAGCCAUUUUCAGACGAGUGGAAGAUGAUCAUUACCAAAGGACUGCUGAGAAGACAUCAUAAAGGCCAUAGGCUGAUUGACUUUUACAUGGAUUUGUGCCAUUGUGUGAACUAUUUAGCCAUACAAGGCUCCUAGUGGACAUAAUCCAGCAUGAAACUCCGGUAAUACUUCUGAUCUCAUAGCAUCCUAAUAUUUUCCUGCAUGUGUUCUGUAGGAACAUGGGAGCCAUGCAGAUAAGAAAUGGAUGAUGAGAACAAGCAGCUGAUUGUACAAUUAAUGCAUCACUGGGUUUAAUGGUAUUUUGGGACCUAAAAAAGAAGAAUGAUAGAAGUUCUUGAACUCAGUAGGGCCAGUACUGGUUCUGCAAGUAUUUUUAAGUUCUGAUCUUUGCAGCAGCUAUUUGGUAAUUUUUGUCUUUGCUGUAUUGAAUUGCAAUGCUUAAUGGAGUACGGUGUUCCUGUCUUCAUCAAAACAUUAAUUUUUGGGAGAGAAAAUGUCAUAUUUGUUAGGAGGUGGACUUCAAGGGGACAAAAAAAGCUAAUUGGGAGGUAGACUUCAAGGAAAAAAACUACAUUUGGCUAUACCUUAAAAUGUUUUCUUAAAUGACAACUCUACUGAUAAAUUCUUUUCAAAAAGUGAA